CCCGCGCCGAACUUCUUAAGUGCCGCACAACUAACGCUGGACUGAAAGCGACAUGACAAGGUGAUGUUUUUUUUUACCACUUUCAGCGCGUUUAUAAUUUGUCAAUUCACUUUUAUCGUGAAAAUGUAUGCCAGUAAAUAUUGGUAGAAUAGUUUUUUGGAACAAUUGUUCUUCCUCAGAACUGUUGCAGAAACCAUAAAUGUAAAAUAAUGGAAAGUCACGUCAAAAAGGAUAUUUCAGAGACAACUGAAAAACAUUUAUUCGUUUAAUUUUUGGAAAAUCAACGUGCAUCAAAUGGACACAAAUGACGAUGGAGCGGUGUAUGAUUUUAAGAAGAUGACAAAAAAUGCAACGUUUUAUGUUGGAUAAGCAAUCAGCUUUUGAAGCUAGAUGACAUCUAUCAAGCGCAUCGAGGGAUGGAGCACUCUAGUCACUUAAAGCCAACAUCUGUUGUUUAUGGAGAGUUUUUUAAUAUUUCAACCAACGAUACAAAUCGGACUUUAACGUCGAAAGACGAGAAAGAGUCUAGUUUGGCUUUCCAAGUGGGUUUAGCUGUUACGUUAUCUCUACUAACUUUUGCAACGACUUUAUCAAAUGCGUUUGUUAUUGCAACUAUAUAUAAAUCUAGAAAACUGCACACCCCUGCAAACUUUCUGAUUGCUUCUCUUGCUCUUACAGACCUUCUUGUGUCCAUAUUAGUGAUGCCAAUAAGUGCACUGUACACGGUGUGCCAAUCCUGGACCCUGGGUCAAAUUAUUUGUGAUAUUUGGUUGUCAUCAGACAUAACGUGCUGCACCGCUUCUAUUCUUCACCUGUGUGUGAUUGCUCUGGACCGUUACUGGGCAAUAACAGAUGCUGUUGAAUACUCCAAGAAGCGCACUCCAGCGCGCGCUGCGGGAAUGAUCGCCACAGCCUGGGUUAUUGCGAUCUCUAUAUCUCUUCCGCCCUUCUUCUGGCGUCAGGUCAAAGCGGAGGAGGUAACCAGUUGCAACGUGAACACUGACCAUAUUUUCUAUACAAUUUACUCAACUUUUGGAGCGUUCUAUAUUCCCACAUUGCUACUUAUAGCCCUUUACGGCCGGAUCUAUGUGGAAGCCAGAAAGAGAAUUUUGAAACAGUCGCCUUCCAAACCUGGAAAAAGACUGACCUCAGCACAUUUGAUUACAAACUCGCCAGGUUCAGUUGCAUCGACUUCAUCGCUUAACUACGGAACUAACGACAAUUGCUCUUGUGACACUACAUCCACUGCUAAUUUAAACCAGGUGAAAGUCACCGUGUCUGACGCGCUUCUAGAAAAAAAGAGGAUAUCUGCAGCCAGAGAGAGAAAAGCUACAAAAACAUUAGGAAUAAUUCUCGGUGCCUACAUCGUAUGUUGGCUCCCGUUUUUCAUUUACACGUUAUUAGUUCCUGUUUGUGAGUCAUGUUUUCAUCCAGAAUUAUUUGACAUAUUCACAUGGCUCGGUUACCUGAACUCUUUAAUUAACCCUAUUAUUUACACCAUGUCAAAUGAAGAUUUCAAAAAAGCUUUCCAUAAACUCAUUCGCUUUAAAUGUUGCAGAUCCUGAAAGUGGUAAUAUCAAAUAGUUAAAAAGAGGUGUAUUCGAUAUAAAAGUUGAUAAAUCACUCAACAUCUAUUAUGUAGAGGAUGCAUGCUUUUUUAUAGUAAAAAAUACUGUGGUUUUACUGAAGUAGCCAAUGGUCAUAGCCUUUAAUUAACAUGGUAAUUUGGCAGCACCAAAUUUAUAAGAAUGUAUUCUUGUGUUUCACUGCCAUUAUGUAAAAUGUCCAACAUGCUUGGCCUGUGUCUGUUAUGCUGUUGCAUUUGUUGAUAUGCAAUUAUCCGCCAAAUCCUUUCUCCAAACAAUUGAUCUCCUCCUUUAAUGGUUGAAAUAGUGCGGUAGCUGCAGCUGGUUCGGCAUAACUAAUGGAUUUGCCGAAGUGGAAGGCCAAUCCUCUGAAAAACAGCACACGUAUUUUCGUGCCUAAGACCUCUUGAUUAAAAAAAAUCAGAUGUGCCUGCUUUCUAGAGACAAGGAUGACAUUUAGCUAAACAGAUAGAGAUCAUGUGUGGGUACUAACACUCAUAAUUGUCAUGUAAAUAGUCUUUACAUUGUGAGUAAUGUUUACUCAAAUUGGACUCCAUACAAAGCUCAAUGUAUCUGUAUGCAUUGUAAAGUGUAUGUACAGUGUGUGUACAUUAUUUAUGUCAUAUUUGUUAUAUUUUGUUAUUGAUCUUGACCUGUGUAUGCAAUCAAACCAUUGCAAGCCCACGGGGCAUCACAAAAUACGGUUUGUAUAAUUACACUAAAUUGUCAAUUAUACCACAGAUUAAACAGAGCCUAUUGUGAAACAAUUCACAUAUCACCACCCACCAUCAUUUUUAAAGCUUUCAAAUUGUCCAUAGAGUACAUUCCAUUACCGGUCUGCGUGUACUAUCAUGCGAAGAAAUAAUACAUACUUAAUAUGAGUCUAUUACUAUUGAGAGAAGCCAGUACAAUGCAAUAGAGCUGAGCCAAAACAAUUCAGUUGGAGCUCAACCGCUGCGAGGUACAGUGAAGAGCCUGACAUUAACCAUAAAGUUCAAGUAGUUUUAGGAAAAUUUACCGUUAUUAAGUUUGUGUGUUCUCUGUUUGUGAAAAAGAAAAGUAUGAUCAUUUGGUUUCAUAUGGUACAUUCAGGGUUUACGGUCGGGCCCACUGAAUGGGAACGAUGCUUCAUCAAAGAUAGCUUUUGCUGUAUUAUAAAGCUUCUCUGCACAAUGCACUGUA